UAAACAAAACAAGAAGCUGCGUGACUGGUAACGUUGCUCUUUAAAAAUAAUGACGAUCAGUACUAUGAGUUGUAUUGUUAAAACAAGUAUUGUUGUUCAAUAGUAUAGUUGCAAGGUAAUUUUUAAAAUAUUUUUGAAAAGUAAAAUUGUGUAUAUGUUGUCAUUUUGCAUUACCUGUCAUCGCACCUCAAGCGGAAGACUACGUUAUAUUUUGAUGUCCCAGCCAUCUGAUAUUGAACUUUCGUGUUUGUUAUAAAAUAGUAUGCAGAAGAAGUAAUGGAUGAAUCUGAAAGUAAAGAUACAUAUGUGUCACAGCUGAAGGAAGUAUUUGAUAGCUGUGAUACUACUGGAAGUGGACGUCUGAACGAGACAGAAUUGCACAAUCUAUGUGAAAAGUUACAUCUUGCUGAACAUGCAAAUUUUUUGGUUCAUCAUCUUCUUGAAAGUGACUUUGAAGUCAAAUUUGAAGAUUUCAAAGAAUGCUUUGUAGCAAUUUUAACUCAAGCCAUUCCAAAUGAUGAAAUUACUGAAAGCUGUAAAAGUGAUGAUGCUGCAGAUCGUGAAGUGUCACCAAAAUUUACAUUAGGGCGAAAGAAAUAUGGCCGUCGUUCUAGACCUGCUUCAAUAGUUGAUGAUGACAGUUCCAUGACUUCCUCUCCUAUUUUAAGUCCACAGAAUUCUAUUGAUCAGACUUCUUCAUCUACAGAUAGAAUUUCAAAACCUUCUCCUGGAAAUGAAAAUGUUCCUGGAAAAAGACCAAUGAGUCCAAGUAAUGUGCAGCAGCCACCCAUGAAAUCUGGACGAAUGACAAAUGAGCCAAAAUCUUGUAACCAAGAUGAUGGUAGUUCAUCUCAGCACACGUCUGAUUCAGAAGUAGAUCUCAACCAUUCAUUUGAAAGUAAUCCUGUUCAGUACUUGCAAGAAACAUGGAAAAAACUGGGUAUAGGUAAAAAUGGAUAUCUGAAUGUUGAGGAGUUAGCUCUUGUAUGUGAACAUAUUGGAAUGGAUAUGACUGAAGAAGUUGUUGCUCAAUUGUUUGAAAAGUUGGAUUGUGAUCAAGAUGGUCAGAUUAGUUUUGAUGAAUUUUUGCAAGGUCUUUUCCAACAUGGAGAACCUGAAAGCUGUGAAUCUCCAGUAUUGAAAUCAAAUUCUUCAAAAUCUAUGUAUAAUGAUGGAUCAAGAGAUGAUCAUGAAAUUUCCAAUUCCUGUAUAUCUGGGAUUUUUUCGUGCGUAGAUUUGAAUAAUACAGGGUACGCCGAUGCCUCCACCAUCUUGGAGCUGUGGGAAUCCUUGGAGUUGCCCUGCUCGCCACAACUGCUGGAGGAAUUGGGAUUCAAUACAAACAUGAAAAUCAACCUUGCAGAUCUGACUUCUGUUUUAGAAGAAGUGUUGAUUAAUGUUCUGAACAAACCAUUGUUGCAGUUAGCUUUUCUGUCAUUCCAGAAUGAAAUGCAGUAUUUGAGGCAAACUAUUGAUCAGAUGCAAAAGGAAAGAAACAAACUGAGAGUUAAUGUCGAAGAAGCUAACACACGCGCUGCAUUACUUGCUCAAGAAGUGGAUGAUAAUCAUGCAAAACUUGAGAAUUCUCUCCAAAAGAAGCUGAAGAUGAUGGAAAAGAAAUAUCAGGAUCAAGCCCGAGAACUGGUUGAAGAACUGCAGCAGGAAAGAGAUGCCAUUAAUUCUCAGUCUAAUAAACUGAAGCAGCAACUUCAGGCAGAUAUUGCUGCUGCCCGAGAAGAGGAGUCAAAGUUAAAGAGUCGUCUAAGUUUGUUGGAGCAGGAAAAUAGUCGUUUGGAACAAGAGCUACUCGAGGCAACAGAAAAGUGUAUAGAAGCUGAAAAAUUAAAUGAAGUGUUGCAAAAAGAACUUUCUGUCAUACCAGAUUUAAAAGCAAGGCUUGCAGAAUUGGAAAAUAAUCUCAGUGAACUGCAAGAUCGUAAUACCCAAAUGUUACUACAAGAGUUGGAAACAUGCAAAAAAACAAAUCAAGGUCUUCAAGAUAAAAUUGAUGAAUUAACACUAGAAAUGGAAAGUAUGCAUCAGAACUCAAACAUUGACACAUCUUCAAAUAAAGGAGUGAGUCGCACCCAUUCUUGGUUAUCAGAUUAUAAAAAGGCUUCUUUUGUGGGAUAUAAAAGGCGUGGUAGUGGAUCUUCUUCUGAUGAUAAUUCAGAAGAUGAAAGUCCUUCUGUAGAAAAAAUCAGGAAAACAUAUCUACCAGAUAGGAAAGCAUUUACAGAACCAGAUUUCCAAAACUCUCAAAAUGGUGCUAAGUUGAAUGCUUCUUUGAAGGGAAACCAGCCAAGCUCAGUUGAUAUUUUGUUAAAAGAUAUGCUGUCAGAUCAGACACAUCUGAUGCAAAAGUUACAGGUUGCAGAAGAAAAAAGAGUGAAGAUGGAGAGAGCAUAUAGGCAUGCUGAACGAAAAAUUAAAAUCUUGAGUCAUCUUCUGUCAAUGUCUACUGUAUCAGAAGCAACAGCAGUCUCAUAAUUUUCACAGAUUUCACAUUUGGGCAUUAAAUAGUUGAACUAUUUAAUUCAUCAAGAAUUAAUUUGAAAUUCCAUGACAUUUUUUAAUAGUCGUUUAAGUGCUCAGUUUUGUUGUAUUUAUUUUUAUUACUCACGUUAUCUGCAUUUUUUUUAAAGUGAUUGUUGUAUUAAGAAAAAGAGAAAGGUAUUUCUGAUAAAUAAAAUGAAACAAAUUAAAAUGUCUAUAAAUUUUAUCUGCACAAUAUAUACAAUUAUAUUUGAAUGUUACAUUAGAUGUUCAUUAAUCUAUAAUUUAUAUAUUUUAUUUAAAAUGUGUGACUGUGAAACAUUGCAGAAGCAUAAUCAUUGAAUUUCUCUGGCAAUGAAAUAAUUGUAGAGUAAAUUCAUGAAUCAAUAUCUCAUAUAUUUUGCAAUAAUGUAUUUUGAUCCAUACAUUCAAGUAAUGAAAACAUGUUUAAGAAAGAAAUUUUUUAUCAGAGAAUUUUGUUGAAUUCCUUGUGGGUUACUAACAGAUGCAUUUAAGAGCAUCAGCAAACUGCUGAUUAUUUUUUAACAUUCAUUGAUUUAUAAUCUGAAUGUGCUUACUGGAAUUAAAUUGUGUGAACCAUUUCUAAUUGCAAAUUGUUGCUCGCAUUUUUUUAAAACCUAGUCAUGAUUAUUGUUUUAGAUUUGAUGCUGUGCCACAUUUUUUUUUUUUUGCUUUUAACUAGUCUUAAGGGGGAGGGAGGAAUUCUCUUUGUUACUAGUAUUUCUCUUUGUUACUAGUAUUUUGAGUCAAUAUAUCUAGAUGCUACUGAUAAUUGCUCAUAAUCAGUUCCUUUUUUGUAAUAGUUCCUUUUUUUACCAUUCUGCCCCAUUUUUAUUUGUAGGAUAUUAUCAAUAAUUGAGAUAAUUUUAUUUAUUUCUCAUCUUAAAUCGCAUUUUCUAACAGAAAAAUUUAACAGGCAUAAAUGAUUUUUAUUGUUAUAUAGAAAGAAACUGUUAAUGCAAGGUGGUUCGUAGUUGAAUUCCUUUUCUUUUUCCCUUUGGGCUUCUGAAGAAUCAUUAAUAAUGUUCAUUUAUUAACAUCAUUGUUGUAUAGUUUAGCAUUCCAGUUUUAUUCUCCAAAUAAUUGGGGUGUUUGAUAUAAAAAUUCAUUAUAUAUAUAUUUAUUUCAGUUCUGAAAUGUUUGGAACAUAAAUGUGUGUUUUCUGUAUGCUGACUUUGAACUAACAGGAUACAAAAUCAGUGUACUUUUCAUGACCGUCCUUUUUUUUAAAAAAAAUUGACUUUCUUGCACAUAAAUGAAGUGAAUCUAUGUAAUUAUGCAGCUUUUUGGUGUGGUAAAUAUCAUAAGGAAACGCAUUUUGCAAUUUUUGUUUUUAAAUGGAUAUUGCAAAUUUUAUGUUUUGUUACCUGUGUAAUUUCUACAGUUUUCAGUAAGUUUGUGCCUUUAUGCUUGUUAUAGUAUAUGUAAAGUAUUUUAUUAUAGCAUGCACUUUUUAUCAUGAUUUUUAUCAUAAGUCUUGUUAUUAUGAAUGGAGAAGUUUAUAGUCAAUAAGUCAGUGUUGUUUGCUAUCAUGUAGGGAUUUUUUCUGAUCAUUUUGGAGUUAUGUAGAGUGAUAUUAUUUUUAAAUUUUGUAAUACAGGUAUAGGUGCUAAGUUUGUGUUUGAUACAUGUACGGAUUAUUUCAAUGAUGUAAAAUGUGUAUAAAAAUCGAAUUUAGAUUGAAUUUUUUACUAAAUUGUGAUAUAUUCUGAAUUAUUCUUUAUAUUAUUUGAUAUUUUCCAAGACUUAUAUUUGCAAUUUUUUUUUUUUUUGUUGUUUUGUUUUGUGCGCGUGGAUAUUGAUGCAUGCGAUUCAUUAUUUUUAGAACCUGAGAAAUUGUCAUUAAUUGAUACAGUUACUCUUCAUAUAAAAAUAUUUGUUGUUAUCAAGAACAGAAAUUAGUUAAAAAAAGAAAAAGACAGUUGUAAAACCUCAAAUUAUUCUCAUACCCAGUGUAAUUCUGUAAUGAUUUAAGCUAAAAUGAAAAUAUUUUUAGAGUAUGAUAAUUUUCUAUCAUUUGAGCAGUGAAGAAAAUCAAAUUCAAAACAACAAAUGUAGUGAAAUAAAUGGGAUGAUUUGUAUAUAUUUAUUCAUUUUUGGAAAUUUAAUUACCAGUUACAUGGAACAUGCCAUUGGCAAAUUUAAUCCCCACCUCCCUCAAAGUAGCUGAGUACCAUAUUUCAAGGGAAAAUGAAUGAAAUAUCUUGAUUUCAAGUAAUUUUAUGUUAUUUGUCAGGAAUAUUAUAUUAGCAUCAUAAUUUUGAUAGUAUUCAUAUUACAUAGAAAAUAACUGUAAUGUAAUUUUAUCAAUAUUGAAUAAUUAAGUUGUAGAUAGAAAAAUUCUUGAGGUGCUUCUUUAAAUGUUUGCCUUACAUUGAUUUUUUAAUUAGAAUUUGAGAACUUUUUUUGUUAAUUCUGAACAACUAUAGUUUGUCUUUUCCUAAAAUAGAAUAAAAUCAUCAUUUUUCUCAUACUAGUAAAUAAGUACAAAUUUUAUUGAAAACUAUAUUAACAUUAUUAUUGGAUAUUAUGCAAUAAAAAUGUGAGAUAAAUAUUUUAAAUAUUUUACAAGGACUUUAUUGUUGCAUUAAUAGCAUGUUGUUUGUCAAUGAUAAUUUUCAAUUAAAGAAAAUUUUUAUGUCAUGCCAAAAAUGAUGCCUGUAUGUAGAAUUGGCAAAUGUUGAUUGCUUCUUUACAUAAACUUAAAUGGCCCCAUUUUUGUGUAACAUGACUGCUUUGUUAUUUAUAAGAAGAAUAGAUUAGAUGAUUUUAGAUCUGUGGCAAUUAUUGUUAGUUGCUUAUAGCAUAAUACUGGAGACAGUUUACUGUUGUCAGAGCUUAGUGAACAAAUUCUUAUUACUGCUAUAUUUUUUUAGCAUUUUAAAAAUUAUAAAAUACCAGUUAUACUUAAAAACAUAAUAAGGUACUUAUUUUUGUACUUUUUCAGCUAUAUUUUUUAGUAGAAGUUUGCAUGUUAUCAAUGUUGUAUUUUGAUUUACAAUUCCUUUGACUGAUUAUUUGGAGAUUCAUACUUUUGAAUUAUGUAAUUAUGUUCUAAAAUUUUAUUCUAAAUUAUAGUUACUGUAGGUCAUAUAAUUAUUUAAAAAGGUACUUGGUGGUUGUGUAUUAUCAUUUUAUGUUGUUUGAGAUUGCUUAGCUUGAAUAAAUAUUAUUUCAAAAACUUAUAUUUGUACUUGAUAUAACAUGAUUUAAAUUUUUCUGAAUAAUGCUAAUUCAAGAUGUGUAAUUGUAAUAAAUAGAAUUCACUAA